AUGUUUUCAGCUUUUAUAGCUAUAGCAAAUGAGCUGUUGGAAAAAUGCAACCUUCCUGGCACAAUAUCUAAACUUGAGGAAUGCAGUGACAACUUCUUUGUCGCAGUUUACAGAGGUCUUCUUGGUGAUGAUUUGCCUGGUAAGGUUAGACUAUGGCAUCUUUUUUUUCUUAGAUUGCUUGGAUCAUCCAUAAGCAGAAUCAUACAUUUUCACCUCCAGAAGUACUAACAUGUGCACAAAUAUUGUUACUCUUACCCUAUCAUUAAUUUUGGCAUCUUUCAUCAUUUCACAGGUAUUGUAGAAAAUCCCAUCUCAAAUGAACAACAUGUUUUGAACUGCCAAACUUUGAUAGAUUCAGUUGCUUCUGAUAUUCUUAAUGUGGAUCUAACUCACAUCACCGGGAGCAGCAUUGUGGAAGGUGACAAGAUUUCAAUUCGGAACUUGUUAGAGAUCUUUGCUGGAUUGCUUGAGUUUUUCAUGGAGUAUGAUGAUGAUGACGGUUAGUAGCCCACUCCAAGUUUAAUUUGGUCUCUGCCAGUGUUACAAUUUACUGUUAUUCAAAAGAUAUUAUUAUAGUUUGUGGUUGGGUAUCCUGUGAAUGGUGAGUAAAACAGUAACAUACUUGCACAGGUACAAACAAGAUAGUAUGUAUAUGAAAAGUCUGCAAAGGAGAAUGACUUGUAUAUUGUCUUAGUUUCUGCAACACAAAGUGGUUAGUGGUAUUGGUACUUCCUCAGAAUAGGUUCCUUAGUCAUCAAAAGUUGUCCCUCAUGAUAUGUAGUAAAUAAACCCUCAGGCUGCUGGUACAGCCUGAGGGUUUGGCUGAUAAUGUCAGCGGCUGAGAUAUUGUCUGAAAAAUGAAUUUUUGGUGGAGAAGCAAAGCUUCAAGAUCAAAUAUGAUAUUUUGAGGACAAUCUGUCAGUCAAGGACAUUAUCAGCAGAGAUACCAGCAAGCUAGAAAGGGGUUUAUUUGUUUUAUAACCCUUGCAUUAAUUUUGAUACUGCACCAAAAUAGCUUGUUAUAAAGCAAUAAUUGAUUUCUUUUGUGUUUUCUGAAACACCAUUUGCAACCAGUGCUUUAAUGUUGCUAUCACUGGACUCUGAAAAACGAGAUUGUUUUUCCUGUGUGUAAGAUAUUAUAGAUGACAGGUAAAAUUCUUGAGCUGGCUUUUUGUGCUUUGUUUCUUUUGGAAACAGUGCAAAUAUCAAUGCAUACAGGAGUUAUUACAUGAUGCUUGUCUGGUGAUUUUGCACCACAUGACAUAAAGUAGCCAAUAAAAGCAUGCAAAAAAAUAAUGGGUGGGUUAUAAUGUCAGAUAUUCCUGAUAGUUUGAGUUACAUUCACAGUCCAAACUUUCACUGUUAUGGUCCCCAUGGCAGCUAGGACAAAAUUUUGGCUACUGAAUCUAAAGUAUAAGUUGCCAAUUUGGGGACCUGGGUCUGGUGGUCAUAUCGGGAUAUGAACUAUGGUUACAAUUUAGCUUUCCUGGUCCGAUGUAAUAUUACUCAUGCUUGGUCAUUUUCUUGUAUAAAAUUUUCCUGUUUUUCAUCAGGUUCCCAAGAAUGUAUUUAUGAAUUUUAAAAAAUUAUGUCUGUCAUUCAACCAUACUGCUUAUUUGACCCAUUAAACUCCAGAUAGUGACCUAUUUCUCUUUACAGUAAUAAUGCUGAAUCAUUCAUUAAGAUCAUGAAAACAAAGGAAGUGAUUGCCAACUUUAGAAGCUUUGUAUGGAAAAAUAAUUAUCCUUGUGGGCACCUUAAGGAAUGUACAGGGAAAAGGAGGAAGAAUAUGGAUUAUGAUGUUAGGGUGUAAAGCGUAAAAAAGCCAAGGGGUGUGGAUAGCACAUUAGUAUAUUACAUAUGUAAUGUUGUAUAAAGAGGUUUUACUUCUUUACUUUUUUUGUUUGUGUGGCAACCAAAACUUUAUUGCAGACAACUACAUGUAUUUAAUGAUUUUAGAUUGCCAAAUGGUAAAUUAAGAAAAAAUUAGACUAAAAAUUUAGGUAGAUUGUGUAAUUAUUAUCCAGUUAAGAAUUGUCCAGGAUCAUUGAGCUAAAAUCCCAAAUUAUGAGAAAGAUUAUUUGGAAAUGUCCUUUCACAUGGUUUCUUUCUUUGAUGAUGUAGCACUAGUGGUCACUGUUAAAAUUGCAUUGAACUCUUUAUAGCUUCUGGAGAUGAAAAUGAUUCCAAUUUGCUGACUUCAGAACACGAUGUCAUCUCUGGCGUACUAAGAGAAGAAUUUGGUCCCUCAUAUGAAGCUGUUUAUGGUUUUAGGUUUGUGAACUGCAUUUGCUAAACACAGUUGAGCCAAAUUUCUACCCUCACUUAUUAGAAACUCUACAUGAUGAAACCAAAACAAGCUUCCCUUCUCCAUUCCAUGUAUAGAUCAAGCUAAAAGGAAACUGCUAAUUGAAAUAAUUAUUUUUUGCUAGGUAGCACAUUUCUAAACUUUUUUUGAUUAUGGUAUAUGGCAGUUGAUCAUGCUUCUAAAAUUAACAUAUUAAUUAACUAACCUUGAUUUCUAAUGAAUAAGACCUGAAUUUAAGUAUUGCAUGGUUAUUUGGUCAAUGAUCUCUAAUUUGUGGCUGAUAGUCUACAUUUAGAUAAUGUUUAAGUAAUAUUUUGAUGCUGGAGAAAUUCUUGAUGAAUUUUUUUAUUAUGAUAUUGUUACCUUUUUUCACUAAAAAAGGGACAGGAGAGGGGAGAUAAAGAGAGAACCACCAUUGUCACAGCAGUCAAGUGGAGGAGUAAUGCUAGAUAGAAAUGGAGAGGAAAAGAAACAAGGAACACCAGCAACGUCAUCAACUAGAGUCUCUGUUGUGUGGGAUCAUGAAAAUUCCACUGGCUUUGAUGCAGACACUUCAAAGGUAGGAAAACCAUUUUUUUCCUUUUUUUUAACACCAAACCAACCAAUUUAUGAUGGAUGGAUUCUAGGAAGACUAUCAAGGGAACCUUCAUGGAAAGCAAUUUAAAGUUUUUGAAUUUUAAAUAAUUUAUAGUAUUAAAACAAACAGAAUUUACAUGUGAAUACAAACUGAUUAUGGAGGUAGAACUCUUUUAAAUUAUUUUUUAAAAGGUGCUCAUCAGCUUUUUAUUUCGAAAUGAAGGCUUAAUGAGUAGCCCCAAAGGAAACAGUGAGUUUUGCUUUCUUGACACCUACAAUGGAACACUGAGGGCCAGUUAUUUUCAUGAGGUUUAACCCAAACCACCAUUUUACAUAAUCAGUGGGCUCAUGCUUUCUUCAUAAGAGGUUCGAUUUAAACAGUGUCCUUCAACUGUUAGCUUUCAGCAUUCUUGACUAUGUUUACAAAAAUAAAUGUUCAUGUGAAAGAUCCAGUUAAAUUGAGGAUUGUUUAGGAACAGUUUUGUUACCAAUAGCUGAGGUUUGUUUAAAUAACCAUCCCUGUAAGUCACAUAGAGAUUUUGAAACCUGAUGUGCAUGUAUGUGUACCUGAUCUGUUUUAGUGCUUGCCUUGUGAUGUUUUUUGCAGGCUUCUUAGGGGUAUGCCCAAACUGACCAUUAAAUUCUUUAAACUUUGAAAUUCCCAGCUAAGUGACUCAAAAAUAGAAGUUGUAAGUGACUCAACAACUGAACUUAUCAGACUGGGAGAGACCAUGUCAGACAGAUUGCAACCAAUAGGGGUAGAAAGAAGGCCAGAAGCCAGAAAUCAGGUUCCAGAUUCAACAUUAGACAUAUCUGCUAGAUCACCUUUGAUCAGUGUCAGUUCUCAGCAUGGUAGCAGACUUUACAGGGAUGAUGCCUUUGGUGGCACUCUAAAUGGCACAAGACCUUUGCAGGAUAAUGCAAAGCCAGUUAUGAAUAAUGCAAGUGCCUUAACAAGUUCCAAAAGAUCAGAUUUAUCUGGAAUUAGGUGAGUCUGUGAACUUAAAAUAUUUAACUUUAAUUUAAGUUAACAGGCCUUUCCACUUCUCUUUAUCCAAGUGGGAGACUCUGAGCUGUGCGAGAGAGUGGAGUAAAAGUGAUGGAAGAUGUAAACUGAAGAUUUCCCUUCACAAUUUGACUUUUUUAUGCUUGGGUGUUACGAUAUAAUUUUUCUACUCAGCCAGUGGAUGAUCUACACAAUGUUUUCUACCAAAUGAACAAAAUUUGCAUUACAUUUGUAGGGAGCCAGGCCAAUCCAGUGUACUUGGUCGUGAUGCCACUUCUGCAGAAGAUGAACUGACACAGUACACUUUGACGCCCACAGAGGUGGGAAAUUCUCCAGCUGUUAGGGAUAAGGUAUGAGUGUCAACACUUUAAGAGUUAUUCUCGUUUUUCUUCGUUGUUAUUUUUUAACAGUGUUCACCUGUUUAAAGUGUGGUUUAAGAUUUUUUGAAAGAAGUUGCUUAAUGUGUAGGGCUUCUCACCUUGUUUGCCUUAAGGACCCUGACAAGCCUUUAACCAGUUUUCUGUCAUCCUCCUCAACAUCUGCUUCAUGGCCUGAGCAAAUAUCACCACUAGAACCCUUUAAAGACUCUAGCGCUAGAGAGACAAGUAGCUUUGAUGCUCUUGGUGUGAGACCAAAACAAAAGCCCCCAGCAAGUUCAGGUUCAGAAGCUGGGGACAAUAGUGGACGGUCAACUCCAGUUUAUCAUCAUUACCACCAUCACUUUCAUCACACACAGCCACAAGGGACUGUACCAGGUAUUAAACAAAUGAUUCUGUUGAAAACUUGUUGAUUUUACAUCUGGAUUUUCUCAUACAUGUACACUUUACAUGUACAUUUCAAACCUCUCACAAGGAGAAGAUUGCUGGCACCCUUAAUGCCUCAGGUAGUUUAGAGUUGUUUUUAUCCUUCCUUUUUGUUAAGAGUACAUUGUCAGUGGGUGAUGGAAAAUUCUCAAAGAUUUCCACCAUAGGGAGUAGUCAGGUCUGCAAUUCCCUGAAAAGUAAUCCUUUGAUAGACCUGGUAGAUAGAGAGCCUUGAGUGGGUUAUUUUGUCAAAGUGGUUAACUCUCACAAUGCCCCUGUUUUGGACUAGGUUCUGUCUAGGAGGUAUUAUGUAGACACACACAGUUGUAAUUGCUAGUGCUGUGCAAGUUGUUUUCCUUAAACUAGAGACUUUCAGUAGCAUUACAUGUAUGUGUGGUACAUGCUGUAAGCUUCCUUUUUGCUAGUCCCAGAGUUCUUCCUACAUUCUUGUUGCUGUCUUGCUAUCAUUAUUAUAAAUUGUUUUUUUGUAGAAUUUCAGUCUGUAGCUGGAGUUAGUGCAGCAGCCUCAGUUGAUGCACCAGGUGAAACAACCAGUUUGUCAAGGACGAAGCCUACUGGAACAGUGCCAGGAACUAGACCUUGUCCAAGAACAACUGAUAGACUAACAAGGACAGUUCCUGGCAUUUAUACUCACCCUCACUCAGGUGAAUUUUUCCUUUACUAUUCUUUGAAUUCUCAUUUUAUCUCAAAUUCUUACAGUACAGUACUUUGUUAACUACAUUGUACCUGUUAAGAGCUUGUCAAAAUUUUGACAAGUUUCAUAUCAUUGUAGGUACAGUCAUAUGAUACUGUAUGUGGAUUGUUUCCUUUCAUCUGACUUGGACAUUAGACAAUACCACUUUCCCCAUUUUUAACAAUCAUGGUAUAGAUUUUCUUUAUUACAAGGGAGUUUUUAAUUAGUUGUUGUCCCAAGUGAUACCAGUGCACUCUCUUCUACAGGUCUCUCACAACCAUCUGCCACCACAGUCACAGGAACAACAUCAACCUUAACUGACUCAGUAUUUCUAUCAGGGUCUGGAUCAUCCCGUAAGAACUUUGUGUAAUCAAGAAAACGAAGUGACUUUUAUCUUGCAUUUUUUGUGGACUGUAUGAUUUAAUAGUUAUGCCAGGGACGCUUUCCAACCGGUGGAAAUAUCCCGAAGAACUUUAAGUAAGAGAAACCUGUUAUGAACCUGUUAUGGAUUUCUCAACCCAACUGAACAGUUAUACCAUCUUAAGUGCAUCAUAACAGUAGUGCAUCUUAUUGAGAAUAGUUGUGCUUGUAAACAGGAUGUUGUUAAAACUGAUAAGUGUGACAGGGUGGAUUUCACCAAACUACAUUAAUGAUUUUUUUGUCUUGAAUAAGCGCUUAGAAUCUCUUUGCAUAAUAAGGAAGUAGACCCUAUCACAAACGCUGAAUGAUGAUGAACCUACACGCAACUCAUGCGCACCACGUUUGCACUUGUUAGGUCCCCGUUUUGUAAUGGCAACUAGUUCUGAUAUUCCAGCUGAUUCAUCAAGUGGCAAAGCAGCCUUACAAGGAAGGCCGGCUGUUUCAUUAGCAACAAGCACAGCAACAUCUACAACAGGUUAGGUAUCAUAAACAUCGUUGGGAUGCCUUUUUUUAGUUUUUCCUUGUUUUAGUCUAUUAAAUCGUCCUCGCCACCAGUAGCGAUUUUCAUUCCCCAACAAGCUCCUCUUCUUCUUCCAUCAUCCUUUCUUAAACCGUCAUUUCUAUCCUGAGUUAGAGGUCAAACCAUCGCCAUCCAACAAUCACCAAAACUAUAAAGGGGAUAAGUUUCUAAAAGAAACUGUGGUGCUGAGUUGGUGGGAGAGUAUGACAGGGUAAUAUGGUAUUAUCAACUAAGUUGAUAACUUAAAUUGGCCACCGUAAAGAGUUUCAAAGCUGACGUUUCGAGUGUUGGCCCUUCGUCAUUUGCUCUAAGGAAAAGCUAACGCUCAAAACGGUGGUCAAUUUACGUUAUCAACUCAGUUGAUGAUACCAAAUUACCCCAUCACCGAAACUGUUGGUUUACUAUGAACUUCAAAGUUCGACCCCGUCAAGUUGUUCAGUGAUUUUGGGGUUUGUUCAAGUGGUGCAGUGGUGCUAUAGACAGCAAAAGACAGCAUACUUUGAAUCAUUUUUCCAGGUUCAUCCACGCCAGUGUUAUCGUCACUGCCACCCACAAGUAACAGAUCUUAUAGUGCAUUAAAGGAACGGGUCUCACUACCAGAACAGACAGACGAACCAACAGACCGAUUGAGAAGUCUGAGGAGAAAGCAGGUACAUUAAAAAGAUUUUACUGGCUUUUUUAAAAAGUCUGUCUAUCGUAGAGCUGGUCCUCCGCCUUCUGGAUAUAGGGUAUUUUGUUGGUGGUUGAUCAGACGAAAGGCAGUUGCAGCGUCUAUUUUCUACAUGCUUGAAGAGUUUCGCUAGAGUAAGGUCUGAGCACGAUAAUCAGCGUGCUGACAAGAAUAAUUAUUUAAACCAGUCUCAGCUCGUCGUAAAACAAUUGCAAUGAAUCCUAAACGGGAAUGCGUUCUAUUAUGAAGUAAGUAAAGUCUUUAUACGGGCCCAAGUGGCCCAUGGGGCCGGUACUUAACUCCGGUUUUCUUAGCAUGAAGCGGCUAGGAGUAUUGCUACUCCCCCCUGGAGGGGAUGCUAGUCCAUCGCAGGGUUACCCCCAGCACAUUUGCUGGUACCUAUUUGUACACCUGGGUCAAGAGAUGCAGUGUGAGAGUAAAGUGUCUUACCUAAGAACACAACACAAUGACCCCGGCCAGGGCUCGAACCCGGACCACCCGAUCCGGAGUCGAGCGCACUUAACCAUGAGGCCACCGCGCCUCCACUCGUUCUAUUAUAGACUUACCAAUUUCCAGGUAAGUUGUCUGAGUUCUUUUAUCUUCUUUGAACAACCAACCUCUCCAUUUUGAACUCAUUGUCCUCGAUAGAAAGAGAAACAGCGGCUUAUAAGUUUUAACUGAGAGGACACAAGCUAAGCACUGAGAAAAACAUCUGACUCCCGAGUGGACGCCAUAACCGUCCUUAAAUCGGUGGUAUGAUUUACUGAAGAAUAGGACGUCAACGAAUUUAGACAAUAGAGUAGAAUUGCAAGUGAUAAGUUUCCUGCCUACUGCUUUUAAGUACUGUUCAGACUUUUGACACUCUCGAAAAAUAGUUUUGACGUCUUCCUUUAAUCGUAAUGUGUUUCUUUCCAUGGUGCAGCCAUUAGCGUCUUCUCUCCCCGUCAGACUGCAGAAAGGAUCCAAAAGUUCUGAACAUCCAGCGCUUCGAUCAACAGCUGCAGAGCUUUUACAAAAAUACACCACACCGGAUGACGAAAGUGGUGAAAGUGACAGUGAGAGGGAAGCAGACGACGAGGAGUUAGGUCAGAACAGUGAUAGUGCUGUUGGUGAGCUGUCUGAAUUUCUAAAACAUACAUUGAGCGGAAAUGAAGAAGUAGAGAAUUACGACUACGGCUACGAUUACGAGAUUUGAUAUCAAACAUCUGAUGAGAAAAUACAUAACUCGAGAAUUUUAUUUCACGCUUCGUAAUUGCUAAAAGAGAUACCUUUUUCGUGCCACUAAGACAUUCUCAUCGUAAUUUACCCACAAGUCACAAUUAUGGUAAGAAUUAACUUCUUUUAAUCAGAUUACGGAAGACUUGAACCUCCUGCAGCAAAACCGACGACGAGAGAUUUCUCAACUUCUCGAUCAAGUGGUAGCGCAACCAGGACAUCUACGAGGCCAAGAAUGCCUCGCAGCUAUAAAGGUGAAGGUGCCAACAGCGUCCGGGGUUUUCCUGAUUUCUGCUAAGUUAUUUUAAAAGCCACCGUGAAGGGGAUCCUAACCUCAUGCGAGUUACCUCUAGCCCACUCCACCUUAGUAUUCACUCCAGAGCACCCAAGUGUCCGGCCUACCAAAGAUCGAAAUGACCUUGCCCAGAGGUCACCACUUCUACAAGACAUUCCGUUUCUGACAAUGGAUUCAAUUAUCGAUUUUAGUUUGUUUUUUCCUUUGGUGCUGACAUUGUUGCUUUCAGAUGCAAAGUCGUAGAAGUCUUUCUACGCUGCUAUCUUCAAAAAAUUUACAACUAAAAUUUUCUCUCACGGCUCUUUAGAAAGUGAUUUCCCAUUGAUCUGCAGAGAUAAGAAAACCUUCCUGAAUAAUUAUUUUGUUAUCCAACCAGAAUCAACUGAAGAAGAUUCUUCUCCUGAACGUGCUCCCCGCCGCGGCGUGACUUUCCGUGAUACCGUAGAAACGUUUCCAGUUUCAGGGAGAAUGGAUCGGUUAAGGCGCCUGUUGUACGAGGAGUCCGAGAAGGAGCGGAAACGACACACUGAAACCAUGCGCAAGACUUAUCGUGACCAGUUGAGGGAAAUACAACAAGAAAAAAAGAAAGAGAAAACUUUGCACAUGAAAAGAAAAUUACCGGUAACUCUCACUAUGAGUUAAUUUCAGUAACGUGCUUAACGAUAAAUAAUGAGCACAAAAAGGUCCAAUCUCCCAUCACCCCUUACGUCCUCUUUUAGGAGUGAACCUCGCACAGUUUUCCUCAACCCUCACCUGUAUGUGAUGACAUUGCUAUUAAGAGCCACAGUACGGUUGCUAAGUUGCCUUGCUUGGAACGAAAAGAAAAUGAUGUCUUAGAACGGAAAAAUUCGAAUGCGAAACCUGCAAAAAAGAAAAUUUGUUUCAUACUGAUAACCACAAAUACUUACCAUUGAAUACCAUUGAAGAAAUUCAAACAAGCUUUGUACAAGGUCUCUCUGAAUUCUCAUCCGACCAUUUUAACUUAUAGCUCUCACCAAAAGUUCCAAAGAAGAAACCGAAAAAGAAGUCUCCAAUCCAGAAACGUGGGAGAUUGGAGGCUGUCUAUUGCUCACAGACUAGAAAAUCCCGGCCAGUGAGGAGGACUUUGACAACGGAAAAGGGAAGGAAGAGAAGUGCAUCAGCGAGCCCUGUAUUGGGUAGGAGAAAAAGUGACAGUCCAGGUUGGGUAUCGCAUCAUAUUAGCGAAACAUUAUCUUCAGAUUAUGUCGUUCAGUAUUGUACGAUCGCCUAAUUUCACGAUUCAAUCGUACUCUACAUUCGCCGAAGGUGUUUGUAGUUAGAUUGGGAAAUCUCGUUUUGCGCUCACGAGACUUCUUGCCUGUUGGAUAGAACGUUUUCACUUAGUAAUUCAGAUGGAGAUGUACCUUUGCAAUAAGUCUGCGUUUAAUAAUUGUAUUUUGGGAGAUUACAGCUAAAUAAGCUGUUUAAACAGGUCUGUAAGGAGCUAGGUCACCAUUCUUAGAGCUGUUACUGUUUUUGGAGUUGUUGUUUUGGGGAAGGGUUGGAGAAGUUGCUGUGGUUCUUCGUAAUUUUUUGUAAUCAAACUAUGAAAUAUUAGUUUGUGAGAGAAGGGAAUGUUAACCAGACACUUAAAAAGAUAACGAAGAUUGUUCAUGAUGAACUUAAAAAAUUUACAUCUAUAAUCCGAAAAUUUUCUUGGCAAUCUCCUACAGAUCACCCAGACAUGUUACUUCCUGCCAUGUUGGAGGAGUUCCCUUUCUUGCAUGUCUCGCCCCAAACGGCCCACAGCAUGUGGGACAAGCAGGCGCGGCACCUUAGUUCCUUUCUUAAAUCUGGUGCGGACGCCAAUAGAACCAAAACUCAGAGAAUGAUUGAAGAAGCUGAGAAACGACAAAAGGCGUUAGUGGGAAUUUUAAGAAAAGAUGUGGAACAUAAUAUGAGAAUGGUAAAGUUAUAUUUGCAAACACAAAUUUCAGGAAAGUGAAAAAACUUAUGUUGUUUUCAGUGCUCUUUGAACAGAACACACUUUUGAUACGAUCGCCAUCCAUUUAGUAACUGUUUAGUAUGUUUUCACCUUAUUUCUUCCUCAAUGUUAUUUUUUAGCGUGAUAAACAAGAGCGGCAGCAACAACAGCGGACUGUAAAGGCAAAACUGAGAGAAAAACGUCAAGUCUCUGCACGUGCACGUCGAUACUACGAUGAGUACGAGCUGCGCAUGCGGGCCAGAAUGUUGAAAAGGCGCACACGUGAAGAACAGGUUGGAAGUGAAUAAACGCUGUCAGGGCCCAAUUUUUUUCCCUGUGUUUAAAGAAGGGUAUUUUUAGUGUGUAACUCUUUCGAGGCAUUAAACUGCUUUGACACGUUCUCAUCGUUUUAAGUAUUUAACGUGAAUCUUCUUCUCUUGCCUUAGAUAUUUAAAAGGUUGUUUGAGGAUGGUUUGGAGAUUCAAAAACAACGCAUACGCGAACUUAGAGAGUAUGCAAAAGAGAAGAGAGAAACUUUGGCUCAGAGGCAGCAAAAUGAAAUUGAGUCACUAGAAAAUUUGUAUCCUUUAUUUCGUACUCGUUUCUUAGUAUUUUCUCUCCUAAGGAAUUUAUGAAAGUGCCAUUACUAGCUUGUCAAAAGAGUUUUGCUUGGAGACGAUUAUACAGAGAGGAGAUUAUAACAAAAACAUUCUGGGUCUCUCUCACAAGCAUGUGAGAUCAGUCUGCUCUGAUGAUUUUCAAAGUUGUCCUUUUGUUUUAGGAUUUGGUUGAGGAAGAAUUACUUCUUUCAUUCCUCCUUAUUUGAGUACUUCUCCCUAUUGAGCAACGAAGCCUCGUGUUGGGAGCUGGGAAAAUUUGAAUGGAUUUUCGUGUGAGGAAUCUUAUCAGAACUAUUGAGCGAAUUAACCCUAGGCAGUGUCUGAGAAGCACACGCUCAAGCCCCGUCAAAGCCUUAUUUACUUCUUCUUUUUUUCAGUGUUCUGUUUAAUUAACUGCAAUUUACCUGUGUGGUUCAGUUUUCCACACAUAUUACUGUUAUCUGAUCAGCCUUGGUGCUAUUGUUUCCUUGACGCGCAUUUUUCAGCUAUCGUGACCAGUUCGCCAUGUUGGCGGAUGGAAUCGCUCGGGAGAGAUACGAGAUGGAAGUGCGUGAAAAAGCUCAGGAGAAGGUAAGCUCACUAACACGCAAGUGAGUGAGUGAAGACUUGACUAUCAGCUGCGCAACUAUGACUUCACUAUGUGCACAUUUGUUGAGAAACCAUCACAGCGUUACUUCCUGUUUUCGGUAUUAAGUUCAGCUGUACAGCCUUCUUAGUCACACUUAGCAGCAGGCUGGGAUGGCGCAGUAGUUGGAGCGCACGUUUUCCACUGCAUUAUUGUGGUUUAGAUUCUCAGACCUGGUGUCAAGUUGUUGAGGUUAUUUUUUCUGUCUCUUGUCCUUUCACCCGGGAUUUCCUCCAUCUACAAACACUAAUUUCAGUAAGGACGACGUUCCAAACUCCGGAGCCUUAAAUCCAAUCGUGAUAUAUAUAUAUAUAUAUAUAUAUAUAUAUAUAUAUAUAUAUAUAUAUAUAUAUAUAUAUAUAUAUAUAUAUAUAUAUAUAUAUAUAUAUAUAUAUAUAUAUAUAUGUAUAUGUAUAUAUAUAUAUAUAUGUAUAUAUAUGUAUAUAUAUAUAUGUAUGUAUAAAGAAACUGUAAACUUCUGUGUCGAAUGAAGAUACUAAAACCAAUGAAAAACGAAAGUCUUCUUUUAACUUUUACUUUAAAAGCAAAGUAAAAGUUAAAAGAAGACUUUCGUUUUUCAUUGGUUUUAGAAUAUAUAUAUAUAUAUAUAUAUAUAUAUAUAUAUAUAUAUAUUAUGGGAGGAAAAAGAUAAAUAAACUGUUUAUUUGUCUUUUUCCUCCCACAAUAUAGACAUCGCUCUACUCCUAUGUACUGAGCACUGUUAUACGAAAGUCAAAAUUUUACACUCUCUCUCUCUAUAUAUAUGUAAAUUAAUUCAACAUUGUACGUUGGUGGUGAGCGGUAAAUUAACUUUCCAACCGCAUAUUUAAACGUCUUUUUUUUCCAUCUUUUCGAUUCACAGGUGGUCCGACAAAUGCGACGGGAGUUACGGCGGAAAUUUGAACAUGACGUGCAAGAAUUCCAAGAAAAUCUACAUCGGGAUGAAGACUCAGCUUACUUUAGGCAGUUAGAAGCUGACAGACUAAGAGGCAAAUUUCAACUUGCAACCCGCAACGCGUUUUAUUGAAAACCAAGUCGUUCACUUUAACGUUUCUUUAAACGCUUUUACUUCUCGUGUGGAACUGUAGGCGGAGAUGCUCAUUGUUUAUUCGAUUUCCAGAGUCUAGAGUGUAAUUCUACCUUCCAGAAAAACUGGGAAAAAGUCCAUUAUGCAUGAAGAGGUAGACUGCUGUGUAAUUUGUUAUUUGAAUUAAGUUGCUUGCGUUUCUUGUGACAAAAUAAAAAUUCACCAUAC